AUGAGGAUGUCAUCUACGGCAGCUAAGGUCUUGAAAGUCAUUGCAAACCACGCAGCGUCCCUUGAUCAUCUCUUCUCUGGAACGGUGUCGCCCCCCGUUAUCCGCUUAGGCGAACGACUCUCCAAGCUACUUCUGCCCGGGCUGGACAAAGCCUUCUUCCUCUCCAUGGGCGGCGAAAGUAACGAAGCAGCAACCAAGAUGGCUAAAGCUCGCACGGGAAAGUUCGAGAUUGUUGGUCUGGGCGCUAGCUGA